CGUCGCUGGAGCGCAGGACGCGCAGUAUGUCGGUGAGAGAGACACACACCUUUCCUCGGAUACACACCUGCCGCACUGGGGGAAAAACUCAAACAUAUGUGCCUUAGAUUGUAGAAGCUCCAAGGUUUUGAACUCUGACCUCAUUGCUUUGGAUGAAAGCUUGGAAGUAACAGCUCGGCAUUAUGGGACUGUGCAGUGGAAGUGAAGUGAAAAUAUGUGGGAAUGUUAAGACACUGGUUUAAGGAGACUACAAAACACCUGUGUUCAUCCUCCAGACAUCAUUGUCAAAAGAGCCAGUCGACGGUGUUGUGAAAAGUAUCAAUUCUACAUUCUUUGUGCUGUAGUCUAAUUUAUCUAAUUAAAAAUGAGUUGCACACAUAUUUUGCUUGAGAAAAUAAUGAUUAUUUACAGGCCUGUAAGCUCUGUUAAUGACUAUAAAUGAAAAAUAGACACCACCUAAAAUCAAGCAAAGUGGUCGCCCUGAUUUGUUAGGUGUUUAACAAUCGGAAUCAGUAGAAAAGGGGGAGACAUCUCACCAUACCACCUGGCCCUCCAGGACUGGUGUCAUUGCUAAUGUGAUGCUUGUCAUGGCCAGUGUGACUGCUGCGGAGGAUUCGGCAAGCGAUUGUACCAGACCUAUAGUGAGUCCAUUGCCAUUUCCUGAACCCUCUACAGCCUCCAUAAAUGACUCUAGCCAUGGUCAUGACACCAAAUUCAGCCCUCCAGAUGUCCCUCCACCACCACCUCCACCUCCCCCACCACCACCCCAGGCAUUGGGCAACUCCCAUGCUUCACGCAAGAAACGACGGGUAAGAAGCUUCUUUUGGAAAACCAUUCCAGAAGAAAAGGUUCGGGGAAAACCCAAUAUUUGGACUCUAGCAGUGAGACAACAACAGUAUCAGAUUGAUGUGAGGACAGUGGAGGAGCUCUUUGGCCAGCAGGAGGACAUUCGAACCCAGACUGGCAGUGGACAUCCUCGUGCUGGGAGAUCCAGAGGUUCAUUUAAAGAGAAUAAAGAUGAGAUCAGCAUCUUGGACUCGAAGAGAGGAAUGAACAUUGGAAUUUUCCUCAAACAGUUCAAGAAGCCCAAUCAUGCAAUAGUAGAAGAUAUCCGUCUGGGCAACAGUGAGCCAUAUGGAGCUGAACCGCUGAAAGAACUGCUCAAGCUUCUACCAGAGUCAGAGGAGGUGAAAAAAUUGAGGGAAUUCAAAGGAGACCCCAAUAAUCUGACGCUGGCUGAUUCCUUCAUGUUCCUGUUGAUUCAAGUGCCACGCUUUGAGGUGCGUAUCGAGGCUAUGGUACUUCAGCAAGAGUUCCUCCCAUCCUGUUCGACCAUGAGUCGUGAGAUUAGCAUUGUGCGUCAGGCUACUGAAGAACUACUGACUUGUGAAGAGCUCCAUGCCAUUCUACAUUUGGUUCUCCAAGCAGGAAAUAUCAUGAAUGCUGGUGGCUAUGCAGGCAAUGCUGUGGGCUUCAAACUGUCUUCGCUGCUCUCUCUGGCUGACACCAAGGCCAACAAGCCUGGCAUGAACCUGCUCCAUUUUGUGGCACUGGAGGCAAUGAAGAAGGAUGAGGCCCUUUUGAAGUUCCCAGAGAAGCUAACACAUGUUCAGAGUGCAGCCAGAAUUUCAGUAGAAAAUAUCGAGGGAGAGUUUUCCUCUCUCUAUGUCAAAACACGAUCUUUGGAGCAGAAGAUUCAGGAUGACCAUGAGCUGCAACAGCAGCUAGAUUCCUUUUUGCAGACCUCUAUACAGGCCCUGCAGGACCUUAAACGUUGCAGGUUGGACUUGCGCAAAGAGGGUAAUACCCUCAUUGACUUCUUCUGUGAAGACAAAGACACCUUUAAACUGGAUGAGUGCUUCAGAAUCUUCCAAGACUUCUGUCUGAAGUUCAAAAAGGCUGUAAAGGACAACCUGGACAGGGAACUAAAGGAGGAAACCAGACAGCGGCGCUUACGAGAACUGGAGGAGAGACGGUUUGCCUGGGCUGCAGCCAACAGUGAGAAAGGAGGUUUUGGUCGCAGCAGCAGUGAAAACGAUGUUGACAUCCUAACCAAAGAAGGCCUCAUGGACUUCUUGCUUCAAUCAAGAUCUCAAAGCCCCCACAGUCAUUUGGGGCGCUCAGCUAGUGCCCGCCGUUACCAUAACACCACUAGUGACCGCAACGUCCAUGGAUAUAAGGAGCUGUUCUCUGGGUCUUCAGCAACCGAUUUUGCCAAAUUCAGCAGCCUCCCACGCUCAGGCAGGAACCAUCAAAGAAAGACCAUGGCAUGGCUCCUCUCACAGGAUGAUAAUAGGGAGCUUGGCCCACAGCAUCAGGCUUACCAAGAGAAGCUAGCAUCUUUACCAAGAGCUGAGACAGAACCCAUCAGUCCUUUAGCUAGAUGCUCAACUUCUGGCUACAACAUGAACAAUGAUCCCUACAAUAAUAAUAAUUACACUUCUCUCUCGGAAGGUGGAGUUACACCUCGAUUAAGUAACACAAAUAAUAUCUUUCGGGGGACAUCUGGUCAUGGUGUUGGACCCACAAGUUUUUGUGUGGAAAAGCACACGCUAGUUCCUGGCCUUCAACCAUAUGAGAUAACCAGCCAGAUAAAUAAUAACAGUCAUGUUUCUUUGAACAACCAGUGUGAAGUUCUUGUGACAGAUCUGGAAAGGGAAAAAGACCCUCCCAAAGAAUUUCUCCUUGACACCCCCCAAUCUAGUAGGAGUUCUGAUGAGGAACCCAAGCUAGAUGAAGUAUGGAAUGACAAAAUGAUCUUAUCACAAAAGGAGGAAGUGGACACAAGCACCUUUUCCUCAACAACUUGUGACACCCCAUUGCCCCUUGAUCCCUCUAUGUCCAAUAAGAAACCUGUGCUGUAUGUCAUGGACUGCACUGAAACUGAUUGUUCCAUCAUGAUGGACUGUUCUGAUAUUGAGAGUUCUCCCAUAAUUAAUGAAGGAUCUGGACUUUCAAGAACCAACCCGGACACCAAUUCCCUUUCUUCCAAUUUGGAGUCCGCCAAUGAUAACUCUGUGUCCACAUCAGGCGAUGAGCCUCUUGCAGGAAAGGUCAAUCAAGAGCAUCUUGAACCAGUCAGUCCAUCUGUAACUACUGAAGAAGCAGAGACAGAUAGCUAUGACACAGCUGAGGGGCGGAGAGUUGGUGAGAAGGCGGUCCAGACCUGUAGCCCCAAAGCAAAACUUGUCAAAACCAAGACUGUCUCCAGAGCAGUGGUUACUCAUGCCAGCCAUCCUACAAGAACCCUCACAUCAACUGAGACUCAGAACAUGCGUAAAGUGGUGCCCAUUACAAGGCAGAACCGAUCUAGUAGCAACAUGAGGAAAGUAGAAAAACCUCCUGGACAUGAAAGCACUGAACCCAGACGUCCACUUCGUGACCAAAGCAUGCCAGCCAGAAGAGGUGAGAGGCAAGGUAGACCUCGGCAUUCCAGCCUCCCUCCAGAGAAUCCCAGGGCACAAAGAGGAGCAACGGCUGGCAACUCUCACUGGGCAAGGGACUCAACUCCACGCAGACCCUCCGUCAAGAAAACAAAUGCCAAACCUAUUCGUAACAUUUCAAAACCAGCACCAGAGGAAAAGAUGUGUCGUUCUACUAUGCGUGCCUUGGCCCAAGCACAGGCCCAAGGAACCUCAGAAAUAGCUGCACCUGCAACUCCCAAAAACACCCCCAAAGUUCCUUCUUCUCUGCCUAGCUUUGCUCGCAACACUGUGGCAUCUUCUUCUAGAUCUAAAAAAGACUUGCCCCCACCACCUGAAACAGGAACACCAUUAAAGAGCUUGACCUUAUCCAGAACUAGCUCUCAGAGAUUGACUCCUGGAGGUAGAAAAGAUUCUGUCAGUAGCGGAGCUUUCCCAAGGGGUGAAGAUAAACUAGGAGGGUCUUUAAGGAGGGUUCAGAGUGUAAGGGCUUCCAGUCGAAGCAAUCAAGGCAGUGACACACCCUCUCUACAGUCUGGACGAGAACAAUCCCUCAAAAGUAGCAGUUUCUCUGAGAGAUCCACACAUACUAGAGACUCAGUUUCAAGCAGGACCAAUAAACCCACAUGGAAGUAGAGAGGACAUAUUAAGUUCUGGGUAAAAACAAGGCAGAUAAAUGUUUUUUUUUUUUUUUCUGUGCAUAGAGUAGAGCUACAAAAGGAGCACUUGAGCCUCUCACAUUGUUCUGAAUGUAUGUACAGUACAGCCUUUAAAAAUGUAGCUAAAAUCGUGUAGCUAGAUGCUCAGCAGGAGUUUUAAUGAUGAUGUAAGCUACUGUCAUCAUUUGACAGCACAUUUUAGUAGCACUUCCUCAUCCACACAAGGAUGGUUUUGAUGGCCUUUUCUUACAUACACUUGGCACAUAUCAUUAACUGUCAUGGACUCAAACAGUAAACACAUCAAUCAUACAUUUUACUUGGUGUUAGAUUAUAUUUUAAUCGUUACUACACAGAUCAUAUCUGUUUUCACAAAUUCAUAAGGAAAAACAAAUAGGAGAUUAUUUGUCAUAUACCCAUAUGUUUGCUUCUUAUGUAAUAUUUAGUAAAAGUAAUGCGAACAUAGUUUACUACUAGGGUGACAUUUCCAUUAAAACAAAUUCAUGAACACUAAUGUUCCAAUCAAAUAUUCACCAACACUGUUUUUGUGCAUAUUGACAAAUCAAGUUGAAGACUUUUGAUGAAUGUCUUUGAAUGUUAUCCAAAUACAGUACACCUUAGUGCUGAUGCAACGGAAAUUGAGUUCUACAACUAGUAGUUCGGAGAUGUCUCUCCAAUCAUGUUUUUGGAAACGUUAAAAUCUUUAACAGCUGCUGAGUUGCUUUGAAAUUUUCAGUUUGCCUUUUCAUGCAGGUUACAAGUCUUGCUGCAGGUGCCACUGUAUUUGUGACUCUUUUGUGAACAUACUGCUAGCUCCUUUUAAAAGCCAUACUGCUUAACGAGAAUGGUAAAACCUGGUGCUAGAGGGAAGGUUGUGAAGUUUUUAGAACUUUUUUGAGAAAGUAUGUUCACUGUAUGGAUCAAAUGUGGUUGUGGUUGAAACAGGUAGUGAACAAAAGUUUGUUUACAUACAAAAGUAUGUAUUCAUAAAUAGCAAAUCAGUGUUAAUAAGCCUAAUAAGAGGUGAGUGGUACAGUGGUAAAAGCUGUGCACUAGGAACAGAAUGAAGCAGACACCCAUGGCACUUUCUCACUGCCUACUAGGCUUUCUACAUGCUCUUACACUUCUUCUGUGUGUCUAAGUAAGGGUUAUGUAAAACAACAACUAUUAGUAUAAAUAUAGAAUAUAUAAAUAGGUAAACAUUAAUAGACAGUUGUCAGUUUAUUUUAUGUAUAGCCUCUAAUGUGCUGAUGAAAUCAUGUGUUGAUAUCAGACCAUGGCACAAAAUGGCCUAAAAUCAUAAUUUCUACCUCUAUAAUCAUAUUUGCCACCUCUUGUUUUGAUAUUCAUAUGGCUUACUCAUCAAGUGAAUCAUUAGUUUUUCACAAAAUUUGGGGAGUGUACCUCAGUUACAAUUUACAAUGCCUUUUUAUGUUCUUAGAAAAGAUACACAUGUAUUGACGUGUGUUUAGCACUGAUUGGUUAACGUGCUUUUUUGGAAUUCUUCCAUGGCAACAUGGAAUUGUUGUUCCAGCUGAGAAGUUUACCCUAAAAAAAACAACAACAAAAAAACACUAAAAGCCUAUAGAUUUGGAGCAAAGUAACUUUCACGUCAGACAAUUUGACAUACUGUAUGUCAAUGUAUGGUACUUCUAAUUGAUAUUGCUUGAAUUGUCUAUUGAAUGUUAUUUCUGAGCCCUUUAUUCUGUGAUUGUAUAAUUGCAAUCAGUAUAAGCUAAUCAAUAAAACUAUAAAGCCUAUGUGAAAAAUAUAUACAUGUAUAUUAAAAAUACAUUUCACAGCAUGCUGAACUGUUCAGUGGGAGUAUUUAUUCAGCUAUGGCCUUUUUUUGAGAGAGAGAGAGAGAGAGAGAGAGAGAGAGAGCAAGACGCUGUCCACUGUAUGUUUUGCUUUUUACCACACCCAGUGUACAACCCCUGUUUGGUUAUGUGUGCCUGAUGCAAAUGAAGAAUAGUCUGACAAACACAAAGAGAGAAAUUACCCAAACAACAGUAAGUGAUCAGGUGGUAGAAAGCACCCUUUUCAUUUGCCCUCUCUCUUUACAGAUAUGAUGUCCCCUGCCAUCUACCACUAGUUCUAAUGCUCAACAGCAACACCAAUGUUAUGACAAACAUUGGCCUUUUCACACUGAUCUUGGAACAGCCAUUCCAGCUAAAAGUUCUUUGUUUUCAUGUAUUUCUUCAAAAACAAUGCCAUCUGCUGUUCAUUCUUUGAAGGAGCAGUAUUUAUUG